CCCACUGUUUGGUGUCUGUCGCGAGUGAAGUUUUUACUCAAUGCCCUGUAAGUUAUAACUGGUCUGACCGGAUGAGUCGGUUCUAAAAUAAGAUACAAUACAUAUAUACCUUAUAUGUUUUCGUGGAACAUUGUGUGUAUAACAGCAUAAGCCUAAUUUUCCAGCGCUGAACAGACCAGGAAGCUUAGGAAUAUAAGAUAUUAACUCUGCCCUGCGAGAAAGGACAAAAUGAUUGUAUGGAACCUGAUCUUAGUGUGGAUACUGAUGAGUUUAUUUAAAGAUACAGCAGGGACUGUUUGUUCUGAUGCUGUUACAGAUGGAACUUCUGUACUGAACAUGUGUGAAGGUGGUAAUGCCGUCGGUGAUCACGUGGUUAUAGAUACGUACGGAUCGUCUGUGUACAGACAAGAUGGCGGUAGUAUCAACUGUUCCUGUACGGCGACACUGGUGGGACUUUCCGACGGAACUACGACAACUGUCGGAUAUGAACCUGUCUUGUCGUUAUAUCCUCCGUCUGGAUGUCGAAGCAGCAUUACUAUAUCAACGCAAGUAGCAGCUUUCUCGGCUGCUAAACCAAACACUUACCUUUGUCGUCUUGUAUACAAUACAUUCAAUUCCGUUCAGAAAAACGAUACAAUAACUGUUGUAUGGCAGUCUGGAGCCAAUGGAAGUACGUCCGGAUAUUGUCUUUCGUUUAGGGCAGGCCCGGAUUCAUCAUUGUCAACCAAAUGUAAUCAUACCUUCAACACCACAACGCUAUCACCUACAUCUCCUAGUACAGCGUCAUCACCAACAUCUCCUAGUACAACAACACCAACUAGUACAACGGCGAUGACGUCAUUGAUGACGACAACUAGUACUACAACUACAACCGAUCCUACAACUACCAUCACGUCUACUAUUGGUGGCGGAACCAAUGGAGGGGGAGCCAUUACGUCGUCAGAGAAGCCUACCAUGAGUCCGGAGGCUACUACAAUGGCGGACAAAAUUAAAGAGAAGAAUUUAGACACUACGGUUAUUAUCGCAAUAGCUGCAGGGGGCGUGGUCUUCCUUAUAAUCUGCAUUGUCAUUGCGGUCAUGUGUUCAAGAACAAAAAGAAAAUCAAAAGAACACAGGGAAACUGAAACUGCUGUAGACCAUAAUGUCUUGUAUGAAGCAACAAGAGCACAUUCACCGGAUGCAGCAACCAAUCAUGUGGUGACCCCUAGCGGCGAUAUAUACGCACAGGUCGAAAGGCAUUCGAAGGUCGAAACAACGAAUUCAAAAGAGCAGUCUCAUGAUCAGGAACAGGAAAUAGGUCAUGUGGCGACACCUAGUGGUGAUAUAUAUGCACAGGUCGAAAAGCAUUGGAAGGUCGAAACAGCGGUUUCUAAAAAGCGGUCUCAUGAGCCGGAACAGGAAAUAGAACAUGUGACGACACCUGGUGGUGAUAUGUAUGCACAAAUCGAAAAGCAUUCGAAGGGCGAAACAACGAAAUCAACCAAUCACUCCCAUGAACCGGAAGAGGAAGUAGAAACUGUGAUGACACCUAGAGGUGAUAUUUAUUCACAAUAUGGGAAUAAGUCAGAUGCUAGUGUGUAUUUCUAAUGAAAUAUUCAAAUGAUGAGCUACUAAGGACACAAGCAAAUUUAAUCAUGGUGAUGGUUUCAAGUCAAGCUAACGUCAGUAUAUAGAGAGAAAUGCAUCUUGACCACCCAUCAAUUAAACUUGCUCAAGAGUUCUAGAGCUAAAGACUGAUGGAUACAAUACUUGCCAGAAAAGAUAAUUUCACAUUGGAAGAGCAGUAUUCAGUGCCACAAUAAAGAUACUUCAUUAAUACAUAUAAUAUAUAUUCAUUUACAUAUUCAUUUCAAUAGUCCACGGAUAGAAACUGUCAAAUGGCAAACUGUGUUAAAACAUAUUGUCAUUUUAUUAUUUCGCUUUUAUAAAAUUAUAUGCAAAUUUCUUUUGUGUAAUUUUUCUUUUUUAUGCUGUA